AUGACGCUAUAUUUGCCCUGCAACAAACGAUUUGGCUCAGCGAAGGCCCUCCAGCAACAUCAAGAGACUUCAUCUAAGCAUGCGUACUGCGAACGAUGCAACAAGCAUCUCGCUAAUCCCAACGCUCUCCAGCAACACUGGCAAGACUCGCCGAGACACCACAUAUGUCGUGACUGUGAUCCCCCAUAUGAUUUGCCGAACAUGAAAGAACUUGACAAACACAUAGAGCAACGGCAUCAAAAGUGUGUUGCUUGCAACAUCAAAUAUGAUGACCAACGUGAUUUUCAACGGCAUGAUAUAGAUCAACAUAACCUUUGCAUUGAUUGCGAGCAGUAUUUCGAAACUCCCUCUAACCUGCGAAACCACCGACAAACACACCUGGCAAAGAAUCUCAAAUGCUUCGGAUGCAAGCGAAUGAUUUCAAAAUAUUCACAUAUGGUUUUGCAUGUUGAAAAUGCUGGCUGUGCCCUAGAGGUUGACUGCGAAGACGUCAUAGAUCUGGCAUCUGAGUGUAAGCACUCAUUUGCAUACGAGAGCUCAACCAAUGACUACAACUUCGAAUGUCCAACAUGUGCAACACCAUUCCAGACCGUUAGCGGGCUUCUGCAGCAUGUGGAAAGCGACGCAUGUGAGGAAGAUAUGACGAGUGGCUCUGCACUAUCAAAACUUAUUCUAUUCCUGCGAUCACGAUUGUGA